AGUUUGAGAUAGCCGACCAUGACCGGCACAACGGUACUGUGGACCGCGUAGCGCUCAGUCGACAGCGCGGCCUUCACCGCCAUGGGUCGUUCCUUGCUCAAGACGUACCAAACUUUCGCUACAAAAAAUGUUCGAUACGCGACCACAGGCUGCCCGUUUUCGAAACGGCAGCGUUCCCAAAUAGCCCCAACCGCUGAGGUCAGCGAAGAAAUUUUCGCUAACGCCAAACCUUACUCCGAGGUCCCGGGGCCUAAACCGAUCCCGAUUUUGGGGAAUACGUGGCGUAUGGUGCCCGUGAUCGGGCAGUUCGAUAUAUCCGAGUUCGCGAAAGUGACGAAGACAUUCCUGGAUAAAUAUGGUCGGAUUGUCAGAUUGGGUGGUUUGAUCGGACGUCCGGAUUUGUUGUUUGUGUACGAUGCUGACGAGAUUGAGAGGAUGUAUAGGCGAGAGGGUCCAACGCCGUUCAGACCAGCUAUGCCGUGCCUGGUGAAGUACAAGUCUGAGGUCAGGAAGGACUUCUUUGGAAAGCUGCCGGGAGUUGUUGGGGUACAUGGCGAGAAAUGGCGCCAGUUCCGCUCCAAGGUCCAACGCCCCAUCCUCCAGCCCCAAACCGUGAAGAAAUACGUGGCCCCCAUCGAGACCGUUACUGAGGACUUCAUCAGGUACAUGGAGGCCGCGAGAGACGAGCAAGGGGAUCUGCCUCACGAGUUCGACAACGAUAUCCAUCGGUGGUCUUUGGAGUGCAUCGGACGAGUAGCGCUCGACACGCGACUUGGCUGCCUAUCAUCCGAGCUGACCAAAGAAUCUGAGCCGCAGCGCAUUAUAGACGCGGCAAAAUUCGCACUGAGGAACGUCGCUGUGUUGGAACUGAAGGCGCCGUAUUGGCGGUAUAUACCGACGCCGCUGUGGACGAAAUAUGUUAAUAAUAUGAACUUCUUUGUCGAAUUGUGCUCAAAAUACAUAAACGAAGCGUUGGAAAGGCUAAAGACCAAGAAAGUGACCUCCGAAAACGAUUUGUCCCUAUUAGAGCGAGUCCUGGCCAGUGAAGGCGACCCCAAGAUAGCCACCAUCAUGGCGCUUGACCUCAUUCUUGUUGGAAUUGACACGAUAUCAAUGGCGGUAUGCUCAAUUCUAUACCAAGCGGCCACACGUCUGCCGCAACAAGAAAAAAUGGCGGAGGAGAUCGCACGAGUGUUCCCUGAUCCUAGUAAACCCAUAAAUUAUGCCGAUCUGGAUAAGCUGCAUUACACUAAAGCCUUCGUUAGAGAAGUAUUUAGGAUGUAUUCAACUGUCAUUGGCAAUGGACGUACUUUGCAAGAAGACGAUGUCAUUUGCGGAUACCAUAUUCCUAAGGGGGUUCAAGUGGUAUUCCCCACCAUAGUGACCGGCAACAUGGAGCAGUUCGUGUCCAACCCGCUGGAAUUCAAGCCGGAGCGUUGGCUGGAGGGCGACGGGCGGCUACAUUCCUUCGCGUCCCUGCCCUAUGGAUUUGGAGCCAGGAUCUGCUUGGGGCGGCGGUUCGCUGACUUGGAGAUACAAGUUCUGCUGGCUAAGUUGAUCCGCCGAUACCGGCUAGAAUACCACCACGAGCCCCUCGACUACGCGGUCACCUUCAUGUAUGCGCCGGACGGCCCUCUGCGCCUGCGCAUGAUUGAACGAUAAACACUGACUGUUAGUACACCUUAUGUAGUUGUAAUAAGGAUUACGAAUGGUUAAGUAUGUUAGUUACCCAUAUAACACAAAUAAGAAAAUUUAAUAUGCCUAGAAUUAAAGGAAAGAUUAAGCUAUUGACUUGGCUGAGCGAUGCAAUGCGUGGUCACGUGAUUUGACGGAAGUAGCAAACAGUUGGUAAAAAACGCCAAUCCUAACAAUGAAAACACACUGCUAUUGCAAUUUGAAUGAGCCUCUUGUGCUCGAUAGCAGGGAUGUUGCGGAUGCAGAUUUUUUGACAUUCGCGGAUGCGGAUGCGGAUGUCAAGAUUUGGUACUUAAAAAACGUCAAAUAUUACAUUUUUAGGAUUUUUUAUUUAAAAAACUAAACUUUUAGUAUUUGAGCAAGAAUAUAGGUGCGUUUUAUUUAAUAAACAGUAACUUAGCCGACUUUUCGGGAUCUAGACGAUUUGGUUAUAUAACGACGAAAUUACCUAGCACUUACGCUGGCGGCGCUAAUACGUUCCUGUUACCGACUUGGUCGACAUCCGCAUCAUGCGGAUGCUCCGCAUCGAUUUUAUGCGGAUGCGGAUGUUGAAAAUAAUGCAGAUGUUCCGCGGAUGCGGAUGCAGAUGCGAAUAUCCGCAACAUCCCUGCUCGAUAGUUAAAAGCACCGGAGCAAGUAAUACUCACACUUUUUGCGUUGUGAUACACUUCUCUUUCUAUUGGUCUUAAACUUUCUUGAACAGGAUACCUAAUUAAGUACAUAAUUAUAAUUAAUUUAAUAAUUAUAGACACAGAAAUAAGUGCAAUAGAUCGCAUAGGAUAUUUCCUCAGAUACGUAAUCGCCGUAAAAUAUUUUUAAUCGAACAGUAGCUUGUUCUAAACAAUUACUUUAUAGUUCCACCGAGUAAACCUUUUAAUAUUACCUCUAUUUACGUGACAAUAGUUAAGGCGCUCUUAUACUUGAGU